AUCUUAUUAAGAUCACUUCGGUGGAGAAUCCCUCAUUCAUCCUAAAAAAAAAAAUGGGUAAGGAAGACCAUGUGAUCCGUAUGUGUGGUUUACCUCGGUCAGCAACACGUGAGGAAGUCAUCCAGUUCCUUGCACCUGCCAAAGUGAAGGGAGGCAGAGAUGGUGUUCAUUUCACUGUGUACCCAAAUGAGGAAGCCUACAUUGAAAUGGAAUCCCAGGCAGAUAUAGAAAAGGCACUAAAAAAGGAUAAUGAAAAAAUGGGUCUUAGAUUCAUUCAAGUAUAUGCCACCAUGAGAUGUGUGAUGGCAUGGAAUCUCACACCACAAUAUGGUGGGUCCAAUUACAAGCAGGAUGGUUGUAUACGAUUGAAGGGACUUCCAUUAGACUGCAGAAAGGAGGAAGUUGUAAAUUUCUUUUCAGGGUUGGAGAUGGUUCCGAAAGGGAUAUACCUAUCAAGGAAGGAGAUGGGAGAUUCAUAUGUACAGUUUGCCAAUGAUGACAUUGCUGAGGAAGCACUGAAGAAGCACCGCCAACGUAUGCGAGACAGGUAUAUAAUACAGAUCUUCCGAAGCAGCCUUUUCAUGCUGAAGGCAGCAGUGGGACCGAAGAUGUAUCUUACCGGCAGUCUAGCACCAAAUGAUAUGGAGGAUAAGUUCAGUUGGGUGAGCCACUUAGGAGAGCAUGGCUGCAUAGGUGGAACUCGUGUCCCACUUGGAUCUGUGCAUCCCAGCAUGGAUGGACCCCCCAUGCAUGCCAGAGGAGGUGCAAGUGAACUUCAUCCAAGCAUGGGAGAAUACUCAAGUAUGGGUUACCCAACCCCAACUUCUUCCCUCUAUGAAAGCAGACCCAUGUUCAACCAUACCUCUGGUCAAUCUACCUACUCUUGUUAUCCUUAUAGUGAGGGAUGGAACAGGUGGGGACCUCCAGGACAAAGAGAUUCUAUGAUGCUAGGACAAGGAUCCAGGAAAGUUGUGGGGGUACCCAACCCCCUUCUUAACAGCUUGGGGCACACCCGACACCAUACAGUAGAGUGUGGCCCUCAGCAGUUCUUCAGGCAGCAUCUACAGGGCAUAAAAGGGAUAUUCCUGAACAACCAGCUAAGCGAUGGGAUGCUGGAAAAGAAGCGUUUGCAGAGGGAGAAGGAAGAACUGGAGAAGAUGAUGGAGGAGGAAAGGCAGAAAAAUAAGGACAUGGAAACAGAGAUUGAGAAAAUACGAAGAAGCUUCAAGCAGCUUGAAGUUACUAUGGAGACUGAACUCCAGUGUCCCAUUUGCAAUGAGCUAUAUGUACAGGCUGUUGUUGUGGAUUGUGGGCAUACUUUUUGCUCCAUGUGCAUUGAAAUAUGGUGCAAGAUGCAGCAGACAUGCCCCUCCUGCCGAUGUGAGGUCAAGACUUACCGUCGUCUUCUGAUGCUGGACAAUUACAUAAAUCGUUUGGUGACCAAUCUCCCUGAUGACAUUCAGCAGCAAAGGAAGGGGCUUCUACAAGAGAGAGAAGUAUCUCGAGAGUCUCAGCAAAUCACAGUGGAAGCAGAAGCAACUGAGGACAACGAAGAGGAAACUGAUGCUGGCAAUGAUGAGAGGGCCAAUGAAGAUGAUCAUGAGAGAACUAAUGAGCACAGAUGAAGAUGAUGUUGAGGAGCAAGGGGACUUGAGGUACCUCUACUGGUUCCUUGUAUGGUGUCAGCUAAUUGUCGGACAGUUCAUUUGAGAUAGAGGGACUCAAAAGGUCACUUAUUCUCAUAUUGGACCUGAUAUUAUUUUAGCAUUGGUUUCAUUUCAUUUUUGUUGGACUGAACUAUGUUGUAUUGACAAGAAAUGACAACAUUCAUUAUGCAUGGC